GUGUCAGCUCUCACUUCGUAAUCGUCAGUGAUAAUACUAACUACUACAGCUGCGAACAGUGUCACAUGAUACUGUUAGUUCUGAUGCCCCACCGUCGCAGCCCUCCUCCGCUACCCGCCUCGUUUACUCACUACAAUUCCUACACUGUGGAAUCAGAUCGCGAUGGCCAGCCCAGAUACCCGACCAUUCACUUGGCACUACACAGAAAUCGAUGACAGAGACCUAGAGAUCCGAGGAAGGACUUUGUUCUUCGUCAUCGUACUCUUCUCCAUUAUCCUUCUCGUCACGGUUCUCUUCAUAUACACGCGCUGGGUUUGUCGCUACCAGGGGCUCCUUCCCACCACAGCGUUUUCCGCCGCUACCCACGCGCCGUCACUCCCGCAGUCUCAGGGACUGGACCCCGCAACCCUCAAGAAACUGCCCAUAAUCCUUCACCACGCGCCCUCGGAUCGCGACGAAAGCUCGUGGGACGAAACGGAGUGUUGCAUCUGCCUCGGCGAGUUCAGAGACGGCGAGAAAGUGAAGGUUUUGCCGGCGUGCGACCAUUAUUUCCAUUGUGAAUGUGUUGAUAGGUGGCUCACUCACCACUCAAGUUGCCCUCUCUGCAGAGCUUCUCUCAAGGUUGAAUCUUCUUUCCCAAAGAUUUUGAUUCAGGAACCACCUCUCAGAAUUGAUUUUCAGUUCUAGCUUUCUUUCAUAGAAUCAAUCGGGUAAGAUUGUUAUUCUUGAAAAAUAAAUCUUGUAUUUAAAUAAUCAGAGCUCAAAAUUGAGAUCAUGAUUAAGUUAAAACAGUAUUUGUUUUCUUUGCUUAAUCUUGUUUUCCAACCUGAAAGAAGAAUCAGUUUGUUGUUUGUUUUGCGUCUUGUAAAUCGUUGUAAAAAGAAGUCGUGCCAGAUGUCUGCUAAUUAUAUGUGGAUAUAUACAAUUUUGAAUUUUCUUG